UAUAUAUUCGUAUAAACGCAAAGUUACCAGACACAUCCUAUACUUACCAUCGUUUCAUUGAGAUCUGUAUAAACUAAGGGUACACUUUAAUACCUCACUUCUUGCUUCCAUUUUUUAUUAGUUUCCUUUUUUAAGCAAGAAUAAAGUAAAAUUUUUGUCUUUUAAUAAAAGAAAUUCUAUUUUAUACACAAUAUUAUUAAACUAAUGCGACUAAAUACAAUCCAAAAAAGUUUGUAGCACCAAUUAUGAUCGAAAAAACUACAUCUAAGAUGGAGAACCCGACAAAGGAGGUUAGUAGUCAAAAUCAAAACAUUGGUUUUAACUUGAUGAAUAUGAAAUGAUAAUAAUAUUGUGUAAACAAGACACAAUUUAAUGUACUUUAUUUUCACCGUAUAUUUGUUGAAAAUAUUUGAUCUUGUGUGAUCUCUAGCUGGAUACUUGUUUUUGAAAGUGAGCACAAUUAUCCAUUACUUAAUAAAAUAAACAUAACCAACUUGAACUAGAAGUAUUUAUCUCGUGAUAUCAAAUAAAUUUGAGCUUACAUUAUUUUUAAAUAUACCACAGAGGAAUGACUCAGCUUCCAUUUUUCUUCAAAUUCCAUCAUCCUUUCAGUUCCGUUCACAUUAGUAAACAGAGAAACAAUACGUUAUUUUUAGACUUGCUUAAAAAAUGUGUGCUUGGCACUUUUGUGAUUUGGCUUUAUCAACUUGCCAGGAUACUGAAAAAUACAAAAGUCACAAAUGUAAUUCCACACAAUUGUAGAUACGAUAAACAAUUUAGAUAUUUUUGUCAACUUUACCGGAUAUGUUGAUACAAUUUUCAUGUGGGCUUCAAAAUAUUAUAAAUAAUAGUUGUAAACUUCAUCAAAUUACAAUUCUACUCUAAACGUCAAAUUGAGAAAAUGAUUUGGUACAUUUUAUUAUUAUUUUUCGUUAGUUUUGGUAAAGGUGCCAUUUUCUACGUAAGGGACAAUGAUAGGAACUCCGAUCCCUCUUACAUGGAAUAUUUUAAAUUACUGGGAUUGAGACUUGAUACAAAUUCAGAUAUAUUAAAAAAUGAAUUGAAUGAAGCCAUAUCAGCCCAAGUACACAAAAUUGGUAAUGGGAAAUAUGAUGAAUCACUAGAAGCGCCGAUGACAUUAAAUCUGGGUGUUCAUAAAACAAAAGAUGGAUAUGAAAACAGCGUUUCCGUAUUUUUUGAUUAUGCCGAAAAGUGCAAAUCGUUGGUUGGCACAAGUAUUUCUUCCAUUUGCAAGCUCAUUUAUAAAGGUAGCGAUGAUAAAAAUCAUUAUCUUCCAAGAAGUUGUAAGGAAAUUUUAGAUCGUGGAUAUAACAAAUCUGGUAUAUACGAGAUUCACCCAUAUGCUAGCAAUAAACCUUUAUUAGUUCUUUGUGACAUGGAAACUAGAGGUGGCGGUUGGACACAUAUUCAAAAAAGAUUUGACGAAUCACAAGACUUUUAUUUGAGUUGGAGAGAAUAUAAAUUUGGAUUUGGUGAUCUUGAUGGAGAAUUUUGGAUAGGUUUAGAAAACAUGCAUCAAAUGACAGCUUUCGAGGAGAACGAACUAUUAAUUGAAUUGACUGAUAGAGAUGGCAAAAAAGGGUAUGCUCAAUAUUCAGUUUUUGCGAUUGGUGCAGAAAAAGAAGGAUAUAAUCUUAAAGAUCUGAAAGAUUAUUCAGGGGAUAUUGGAGAUGCUUUGACACCGCAUAAGGGACAGAAAUUCACUACUUUAGAUGUGGAUCAAGAUGGAAAAGCAGGAGCAAACUGUGCAAUAUUAUAUGAAGGGGCCUGGUGGUAUAGCGAAUGCCACACGAGUAACUUAAACGGUAAACAUAUGAAUAAACCGUUGACAGAUCAAUACAAGUUUCACGGUCUCAACUGGAAUGGAUUUAGAGGUCACGAUUACAAUCUUGCGGGUUCCAGAAUGUUAAUUCGACCAGCCAGUAAACAUUAAAUAAUCAAUAUCGUUGCUCAUACUAUUGUUUUUAUAUGUAAUAUACUUUUACAGAUUUAUAUUGUAUUCAAAA